AAACACUGUCCAAUUGUUUCCUUUCCACAAGAUGGGCACAUCAACAUGAGCACAGCAGCCACCUACAGACCAGGCAGCCACCAGACCAGGCAGCCACCUACAGACCAGGCAGCCACCUACAGACCAGGCAGCCAAGGGACCAUGGAAGAUCCGGACACCCAGGAGGGUCCGCAGGUGUGUGUGCUGUGUGAGUGGGUCAAUAUUAACUCAGUGUGUGGUUGAGUCUUCUUCUUCUUCCUUUUCUUCUUCUUCAGGUGACCCAGUCCACCAUCCUCUACCUCAUCCAAGAAGCCACCAAGUUAGCAACUCCCACCCCACUCCACAACCACUCCAUAGACUUAAAGCCUAGUACACCUAUAUCAAAUGAAGGGUCUAAAAAGGAUCAAGUGUCUGAUCAUAGGCCUUAUCCUCCUCAGCACAAUUCCUCUCUUACGAGCCUUCAUAACCAGCGAAAAGAUGACUUAAAACAACAUAGGAGCCAUACAAACUCAGUCCUGCCCAGCCGUCAUAGUAGCAGCAGUCCAUGGGAGUUGAUGAGUCUGAUCAACAUGCAGUGUGAGAGACUCCUCCAUUCAGACGACCAAGAGGAGGGGGCCUCAGCUAGGGCUCAGUUGGUUCCUAUAGACUCUGACGAUCAUCCUACUGAAGGUGUGGGGUGCAGUAAGAACACAGUCCCUGUCUGCCCCACUCUAGUCAGUACCAGGGGGGAUUUUCCCCAUCCUCAUGUCAGGUCCAGGGGAGAGAUUGGUGAGAUGGGUGGAGGUGGUGAUUGCUCACCCACAAGUCCAGGUACCAAUUCUCAGACAUCACCGGAUGUCAAUGGCAGCUACAACACUAAACCUGGUGUGGGAGAUUCAGAAUCUGAGGUUGUGAUGAACAAAGACACAGGAGUCACGUUUUGUCUUGGCGGUGAUGGAUUGUCUGUGAGUGAAGAAAGCAGAAAGGUCCUCUGUGCCUUAGUCAAAGAAGACAACACACAGAAGGAGGCCCGUCCUGAGGCAAAAUACAAAGUAUCAGUUAAACAUCCAUCUGUAUCAUAUAUAAACCUAUUUGGUCAACCGCUUGACCACAAAGUAGCUACAAUUAAGGAUGCAGCAAGUCUAUCAUCUCCCUCCAUAGACACCAUGACAUGCAUACAUCCAGGCCCAGAAGAGCUGAACCUUGACAUGACCGUGGACUUCAACUCAAACAUAUGUUUCACCUUUGACCCCAAGGAAGACAUGCCACCACCCCCAAACUCCCCUCGUACUAUGUUGCUCAUAUUGAACAGUGAAGCAGGGUCUGUGAGUGUGAACGCAAAGUCAGUUCAAGAUGCCAUUUUUCCAGGCAGCAAAGCAGAGCUCAAUGAACUCUGCAUGGAAGAGGACACAGACAUAAUACAAGAUGCCAGUCUUAUUACAGACUAUCCAUUGGACCUCACCCAAAGCUGCAUGGACAUGGAGGAUGACAUGGACACUCUCCCCCCAGCCCCCCAGUCUCCCUCUCCAUCUAACCCCAUGUGGAGGACCACCAAGGCCCCGAGGAAGCAGCCCAAUCCCAGCCGGAGUGUGGAUGUUGGGGACCCAGACUUCCAGGGAGUGACGUUCCGGAUGCAGACAGAGCUGGACGACAGCAGGGAGCAAUAUCGCCUUCUCAUCACCUCCAGGAAGUACAGGUAUGGUUGAUGUCAGAGUAUGCAUGGCUCUUUCUCCCCAUAACUGAAAGUGCUUAAAAAAUGUACAAAUACAUUUAUUAUAUUAUUUAGAGCUGCCUUAGGUAAUAAAGUAUUAUAUGAAAUUCAAUUUGUAUGUUACACAUUUCCCUAUGCAAUAUAUUGUUGUAAAAUAUCUCACAAUGUUCUCUACAAAUGAACUGCUUUAUAAAGCUGUGUGUGUAUGCCUGCGUGUCUUCUAGUGAAGAGCCCUCUAGUGGUCCGACCCGGAGGUCACCGAGGGCAGGCAGGUCCCGUUCAUCCCAGAGUUCCAUGAGGACCAGCAGCUCUGAAGAGAGCGACCCCUCCUCCAGUGACUAACAAUAUAUACCACUCUUCACCAGGAGGGGGCGCCACUACUGCACAAAACAAUACCAGAUCCAUAGAAAUAGGCCGAACACUACACUCUUAGAAAAAAGGGUUCAUGAGAGGUUAUUUGCAGGGACUGGAUGUUCUAUGUAGAAAUAUUUAUACUCAAGUAAUCCAGGAGGGGGUACCAUUACAACACAAAUCAAACACUUUAACUAGAACCAUAGACAGGUGGAAUACAUUUGAUGAGGGGGAGUUUUAGAGGAGGAAUUUUGGGAAACUGCUGUGUAAACAUCCUAAGACUUUAAUGAGUAACAUAGUGUACAGUGUUAAAGGCAGCAAGAUCAGGUUGUGAUUUGGCACUCACACUCGCUGUGCACCUAAAAGGAAAUAAAAUGAAAGAGAAGCCAUAUACUGAGUCAUUGAAACAUAUAAUUUCAUUAUUCUACAACCUAUUUGGGAGGAUUAUGGCACAAGGCCUAUUUGUUUGUGCUGAUAGUCACUCCUUUCUCCCCAUCAGAGAAUAAGAUCUGUGCCUCCUGCUGCACCAGGAAGACACCCCUGUGGAGAGAUGCUGAGGACGGGACCCCGUUGUGUAACGCCUGUGGAAUAAGGUGAGUCGCAUUAAAUACAGUGCAUUAUCAAGCACAUCGAUACGGCCCAGAGUUUCUCCUGGUCAGGUCACGUGGCCAUGAACUCUGACCCUGUAAUUAUAGUAUAUGGUGACCGUGACGUUGAUGACAUUGAUGGCUUUGAUGACCACAAUAUCACGCAACCCCGUAUGUGAGCUGUGGACAGAAUUAGGACUUGAAGGACAUGUAAGGCCAACAGUCAGUGUAACCUAUAUCCCCUGUUAUUCUCCUCCAUGUCUGCUUACUCCUCAGGUAUAAGAAGUACAAGGUACGCUGCCUGCAGUGUUGGCACAUCCCUAGGAAGGAGGGAAACUCCAACUCAUGCUGCUUCAAAUGUGGAAACUUACUACGGCUGGCUACGUCCCACCGCAAGCACUCCACCUGA